CUCAAUCAGAUCAUGAAAAUCUCUCCUCGAAUCCUUCCUGGACCUCUAAACCCGGCAAACCGCUGUGCCGACUGGGGAUGGCAGGGACUGUUGGCAUUUGGUAGUCAGAAUCUCGUCGUGAUUGUAGAGCCAAGGACAGUGCAGGUCUUGCAGACUCUGGAACAGCACAAACACUUUGUGACUAAGGUAAAAUGGUGUUAUGAAAAUUAUCAUCACUCACUGGCCAGUCCAUAUGGACUUCGACUGGCAUCAGCUGACUCGUCCGGUCAGAUUGUCGUGUGGGACGUAAGUCAGGCGACAAUAAGAACGGAAUUCAGCGAGAACAGCAAACCCAUUUUAGACAUGGAAUGGCUCAGCUAUCAGGACUCGUCUCGAGAUCUGUUGGCCAUUCUUCAUCCGUCUUCAACGUUGGCUUUGUGGAAUGCUGAUACGGGCACUAGAAUUUGGAAGAAGAGCUUGUCGGAGACGUUGGUGAUGUUUUCUAUUGAUCCGUUUGACAAGAAGAAACUGGCAGUUCUCUCUCAGGACUGUAUGUUGUUUGUUGAUGACUUCUCGUCCACUCGUGUUCCUCCACUUGCUCCACGCAAAUUCUACAUUGCAAGUUCUAGCUCCACAACCGGCAUUCCACGUCAACGUUCAGCCAUGAAGAAAGCACGACAACUUGUUGGAGACAGCAAGAAGUCAGACGAACCAACAUCAUUCAACGAUUGUCUCCAGAUGUGCUACAGUCCUUCAUGUCGUCACCACCUCUUCCUCCUCUACUCACGCGAAAUCCUCCUCAUCGACCUCCAAGUCAACCAAACAGUCGGUGUCGUAUCAUCCGAACGCAACAGCUCGCCAUUCCAGCAAAUCAUUCCGUGUCGCCAACGUGACAUUCUCUACUGUCUCCACGAGAAUGGCUGCAUAAGCAUCCGAAUACGACGGAAAUGCCAACUGGCCGAUCUCUCCAGCAGCACUCAAGUCUCCUCGUUGUUGGCGUCACAUAAUCUCGAUGUUGUCUACGAUCUACGAGGCCAGUCGGACGCGCUACGGCUCAGUAAACACAGCAAAGUCGUUCGGAUGUGCGUGGAUCCGGUCGGCGAGCGGACGGUCGCUCUCGUGCUGAGCGAUUGUCGUGUGUUAUUCUGGAAACUGAUCGGGUCUCAUCGUCUCGUCCCUGUGUCAACAUCCGAACAGUCUAUUGUGCCACUGUUGUCUCCACUUUCUCAUGGUGGUGGUGGUGGUGGUGGUGGUGGUGGUAAUGUGAUUGGUAGUGGCGGUUCGGCUGGUUGUUUGUUGCAUGUGACGUCGCUUUCCGAUCUGUUGGGUCCGCAGUCAUUUCCUGGGAUUUCGACACGGCAGCAGUCAGGAGAGUCAACGUCUCACUUGUCUCUGAAACUCGUUCUUACCGGACUCUUUCAGACCAUCUCCGCUCCUCCUCUGUGUCUCCGAAUGUGUCCUCCCCUAACCACAAAGAACAUCUCGUCAUACAAAGCACUACUCGCUGCCGGAACGUCGAGUGGAACAAUCCAAGUGAUUAACGUGCAGUCAGCGUGUCUUCAUAGAGAGUUUACAGUGUAUACGACUCCUGUUCGUGGCAUGGAAUGGCUGGAUUUAGAUCGCUUGCUCUCGUUUUCAUACCCGAAUGUGUCGAGUGGCGUGUUGGUGAGAAACGAAUUGAAAAUGGUUCACAUAGCGUCAGGAAUGUGUACAGUUGUGAGACAGAGCAAGGAAGACGAGCCAAUCAUUGAGUCUGUCAAAGUUUCAUACUCAAGACAUUAUGUGGCCGUCCUCAUUAAAGAUCGUCCAAUGGAACUGUGGGACUGCAAGGAGCUUACUCUUCUACGUGAGAUGUCGGGCGACUUUCCAUGCCCAACAGUUAUGGAGUGGUCACCAGUGCAUCUACCCCCUAAGACUAUUGCGAAGCUCGGUCGCCCAUCUGUGACUCGUCCGAUGAAGGAAGGGAAGGUUCUUGGGAAGGAGCACUUUGUGAUGACGGAUACCACGAACACUUUGGCACAUUACAUUGUGGAGGGCAGUGGCGUUAAAGAAGCGGUCAAGAUUGUGUUAGAGGGAAUGGGCACAGUGACGUACAUUGCUUGGAAGGGCGACAUGAUGGUUAUUGGUGACGUGGAUGGGCAGCUGAGCUUUUGGGAUCUCAAGAAGAAAAUUUCAAAGAACACGAUGGUCCAUCGUAACUCCGUCAAAAAGAUCCGCUUUGCUCCAGGCAAAGGCAACACUCUAGUCGGCAUCCUAUACAACAACGGCAUCCUAGACAUCUUAACCAGCCACACAAGUGAAACUGUGAGCACAUUGAAGACUCUGCGUGCUCACGAUUUCGAGUUCAGCGCGUCUGAUAAGCCGACGAUCGCAUGCACAACUGGCUGCAUUCGUGUCAUGGACUACAAGCUGCAGACUGCAAUGUGUCCCGUGUCGUCUACUCACCAGAAAGACCCGGUCUUUUGUCCUUAUGUCUUGCUUGACAAAGCUGGGCUACUUCUUAAGUCAGUCUUGCAGCAUCAACCAUGGAGAGGAUCAUACACACUAGAUGAAGACGAUGUUCUUCCUAGGUAUGAUGACCCAGCAGAGUCACCUAUGGCGACUGCGGCAAUUAUUCACUUCAAUGUUAUUCCCCAGUAUAUGAAGGCUGCUCUGUCUAGCACAUCUCUUGGUGUAGCUCAUCGUUGUCUUUUAACAGCCAGAUUGUAUGGUGAUGAGUAUGAAGUGUCAUUUUGGGUUACUGCGUUAUUUUAUCUUAUAAGAGAGAGGGAGAGACGAAAAGACCCAAAUUAUAAGUCAGUUCUAGAUGCUGAACCUAUCAACCCAACAAGCGACAUCUUCAGUCCCGAGUCAAAUGCAAAGACGAGUGUUGGAAGCCACGGUGACUUGUUGGGUCUUCUUAGUUCUUCAGCCACUACAGUGGAUGGAGACAUUACUGUGGCAGAAAGUGUUAACUCACUUCCAUCGCCUCAGUAUGCUGCACUUGAAGCGACGUUCAAGCUUGAUGCAUGUCAUGACAUGUUGGUGGAUUCAGGGGAUUUCCAACGUUUGCAGCUUUAUCGUGCUGCCCUUCAUGACAGCAAGCGUUCAACAUAUGAUCACACUCAGAAGUGUGCUGCUGCACUCAUCUUUCUCAAGCAGACUGAUCGUGUCGUUCAGCUGCUGCUUGAAACAGAUGCAGAAAACGACCAAUUCUACAGUGAUGCACUCAGGGCGUGUCUCGUCGCUACUAUACGCUCAUCGGGAGCUUCACAGAGUACAAUAAAACUGGUGGCAACUAAUCUGAUUGCUAAUGGUCAUUUGUCAGAGGGAGCUCAGUUGCUGUGUUUGAUUGACAAGGGGCUGGACGCGUGUCGCUAUCUGCAGUCGUACGAAGAGUGGGAACAUGCAGCAUGGCUAGCAAAGGCAACAUUGGGUGAACGUGACUGUGCAGAAGUCUUCAUGAAAUGGACUGACCACUUACUGUCACCUGCUGUUGGCAAGAAAAAGGAAGGUAUGCUGAUCUACCUCACACUUGGUCUGUUUCGCAAAGUGCUAGAGACACUCUACAGUAUGAGGCAGUUUGAUUUGGCCGCUAUGUUUGCCGAGGCUUGUUUGGAGUUCGAUGUACUGGACAAGUCACCAGAUUUGAAUUCUCUCGUCGAAGCGAUUUUCCUAGAACACGCACGCUAUCUUCACACAAUUGGCAACAUCCAAGGCGCCGUCUACUACUGCUCACAGGCUGGAGAAAACGGAGCACAACUACUAAAAGACGACAUCCAAAUACAUCAAAAUGAUGCCAAUAUAGACACAACAGACACAGAUAGUGUGACCAAGAAGGGGGAAGAAUGAGAGACAAAGACGACGAUCCCUCGUCGAGCCGUGGGAUUCACACUUGGAUGCUGUUUUGUAUUAUGUUCACUGCAGAAUGUUUAUAAGGUGUAGCACACAGUUAGACGUUGCAAUGUCUAUUGUUUUCAAUGUUGUUUCUGAUAAAACGUUUAUUUUGAGAAGACAGGCAUUGGCUGUCUUAUUGUCAAACGUUUGAUUCUGACUAC